AUGCCGGACUUUGCCAUCACCCCAGAGAAGCGUGCUUCCCAGCGUGCCUUCUUCAAGCGCCAAUUAUUCUUCACUCCCCCUGCCGUGCUCCGAAGCGAGGUCGACCUUCACGAGAAAACGGUUAUCGUCACCGGUUCGAGCACUGGUAUCGGUUUGGAGUGCGCGCGACAGUUUCUAGACUUGGGCAUCGGCCGGCUCAUUCUUGCCGUUCGCAGCGAGUCAAAAGGUGAGACUGCGCGAGAUGACCUACUCGCUGGCAGAAAUGCGGAUGAGCACACUGUGGAGAUCUGGCCCCUUGAUCUCGCAAAAUUCGAAUCUGUCACCUCAUUUGCACAGCGCGCCAAGGGUCUGGAGCGCCUGGAUAUCCUCGUCAACAACGCCGGCCUCACCAAGCUAUCGUUUGAGCGAAACAAGAAUACGGGUCAUGAGGAGACCGUCCAAGUUAACUACCUCUCUCUUGCCCUACUUACCGUCCUGCUCCUCCCCACUCUCAAACAGAAGAACUCCCCUGAUCGGCCAGGCCGCAUCGUCAUGGUUAAUUCCGAUGUUGCGUCUUGGGCCAAGUUCAAGGAGAAGAACUCAAUCCCUUUGCUGGCUGCCCUGGACAAAGAGUCCAACUUCGACAAUCAAGACACAUACUACACGUCGAAGCUGUUGUGUCAACUCUUCCUCUCAGAGCUCGCCAAGCGCGUACCGCCAUGUGUCGCCAUUAUCAACGCACCCAAUCCCGGCUUAUGCAAAUCGGGCCUGCAAAGAGAGUUCAACGGCACUGUUGCCGGAUUUCUGUUUGGCAUCUUCAAGAACAUUUUUGCCCGUACUGUUUCAGUCGGGGCGCGUACUCUCAUCGACGCAGCCGUGAAACACGGCCAAGAGUCUCAUGGGCAGUACCUGGAGGACUGCAAAAUACAACCAAUGGCACCCCUCGUGCACAAAGCCAAAGGCAUCGAGAUCGCUGAACGACUGUGGAGGGAGACACUGGAAGAGCUUGAGUUCGCCAAGGCUGGAGAGAUCAUCGACAGUAUGGGUACGAAUUGA